UUGGCCAGUCUUCAUAUUACACCUGUUCUACGCGUAUAUUAUUAUACGUUCUUGUGUCGUGUGUUAAUAAAAUACAAAUUUAUUUUAACGUGAACAAUGUUUGUUAAGGAAGUAUUGCUAUUUGUUGCUGUCUACAUAACAGCAAUCUGUGCAGAACCUCCAGUUCCUCAAUACGGUGUUCCAUUCAAUAACAAUGGACAAGGAAAUGUAGGUCAAACCGGAAACUAUCAAGGAGGAGGAUAUAAUAGUAAUGGGGAUUAUGGAAAUUAUAACGGUCAGUAUAGCGGACAAGGACAACAAGAUCACGAUCAUAGCCAGGCAAUGUCUUAUGAAUUUGGUUACCAAGUAAAAGAUGAUUAUAGUGGAAAUGAUUAUGGAAGGCAAGAAAAGAGUGAUGGAAAUCAAGUUCAAGGCGAAUAUCGUGUUCAAUUACCCGAUGGGAGAACCCAAAUAGUUACUUAUUAUGCAGAUUGGCAAACUGGUUUCCAUGCUGAUGUUAGAUACGAAGGAGAAGCUCAAUAUCCUGAUCAAUAUAACAACAACAAUAAUAAUAAUGGUUAUAAUAAUCCUGGAAAUCAAUACACCCCACCAGUAAUUUCCGGUGGUACUCAAGGUUACAAUAAUAAUAAUUACAAUAAUAACAAUUAUGAUAAUCAAAAUUACAACAACAACAACGGUGGUAGUGGAUACAAUUAUAAUACACCAUCGAAUAACGGAUAUAAUAACGUGAAUGAUGGAGUUAAUUUUGGAAAUUAUGAUUCUAAUAGAAAUAAACCCACACCAGUUUACGGAGCACCGUAAAUUUAUUGUGGUCAUAGCAAUCUAAUGUUAAAUUAAAUAAAAAUAAGCCAUAAGACGCUGGUCUGUAAACUUCAUAUGAAACAUCUUUAUGGAUGUUAUUCAUUUUAUGAAAUGCUACUUUAUUACUCAUAGUUAAACUUGUCCGUUAUGUUCGUAAUGGACUAGUCUUACUAUAUCAACACUGCCGAUCGUUGCAAUAAUAGAUAUAGACGAUUUCAAAUUAUAAUUUAAUUAGAUAUAGUGAUUUUAACAUGAAAGAGAUAUAUUUUUUGUAUAGUUAUAGAAAUUAAAUAAAUGUGCAAUAAAAACAGAA